AAAGGAGGGGACAGGAGGUGUAGGGUGACCACCGAAGAGGUUAAAUAGGUCAUUUCAACUCUGGACACCAAGGCAAGCAGAAGGACCCACGAAGAUCGUCACUUGGGCUUCUAGCACCAUGAUGUCACUUCAGAUGCUGCUCCUGGCUGCCCUGCUUCUGGGGACCUCACUGCAGCAUGCCAGCGCUGCCCGAGCCACCAAUGUAGGCCGAGAGUGCUGCCUGGAGUACUUCAAGGGGGCCAUUCCCAUCAGGAAGCUGGUGACAUGGUACAGGACCUCACUUGAGUGUCCUAGGGAUGCCAUCGUGUUUGUGACUGUCCAGGACAGGCUCAUCUGUUCAGACCCCAAAGACAAGCACGUGAAGAAGGCCAUCAGAUACCUGAGAAGCCUAGAGCAGUAGCCUGUGAUCUCACCCGCACACCCCAUCUCACCGCGCACUUGGAGACUUGGUAUCCAUGUGUCCAUUGGCAUCCAUGAUC